CGUAAGAAUAUGGUACGACGAUGAUGAUGAAAAUGAAAAUUGCAAGUCUCUCUCCUCUUCCCCUUUUCCGACAUUAACACAAAAAAUACAGGUAGAAAAUAAAGAGAGAGAAACCGAGAAAGGAUCGUUAUUCGUUCUUAAACCAAUUUCUUUUCCCCCAAAUUUCACUCCAUUAGGGCACUAAAAUCUCCCACGAAUGACGAAAACCCUUCGAUUUUCCCAUCAAUUUAUCGUCCACGCAUUCCCCUGAACAUUCAAGGAAUUCAAUCGUCUUUCGAUCGCGUUGCGAAAAUUGAGAAAUAGGGUUUUUGAUUAUUUGGAAUUGGGUAUUCAUAGGGGUUUUGGAAGUCAGAUGAAGGAGCCGCUUAAUCGAACCAAAGUAGUGGUAAGGCACUUGCCUCCGUCUCUUUCACACUCGUCUUUCUUCGAGCAAAUCGAUGGCCGUUUCUCUUCUCGUUAUAAUUGGUCCUCUUUUCGCCCUGGCAAGUCUAGUCACAAGAACCAGAGAUAUGCUCGGGCCUAUUUGAGUUUUAACAGUCAUGAUGAUGUUUGCGAGUUUGCAGAGUUCUUUAACGGCCAUGUUUUUGUCAAUGAAAAGGGGACUCAAUAUAAAGCUAUAGUUGAGUAUGCUCCUUCUCAACGUGUUCCAAAGCCUAAUGCCAAGAAAGAUGGUCGAGAGGGGACAAUUUACAAAGAUCCAGAGUUCUUGGAGUUCCUUGAGCAGAUUUCAAAACCAGUUGAGAAUCUUCCUAGUGCUGAUAUACAACUGGAAAGAAGAGAAGCAGAACGAGCUGGCGUUCAAGAAGCACCUAUUGUUACACCGCUGAUGGAAUAUGUGCGGAAGAGGAGAGCUUCCAGGAAUGGAAAUCAGCAUCUAGGGUCAGAUGGCAAGGGUCGUGGACGGUCUGGGUUAGCACCCCCAGGGAGGUCUCGAUCAAGCAAGCAAAGCUCUGAGAAGACAAAGUAUAUCUUGAAAAAUAAAGGGAAGAGCACAAAUGGAAAAGACAAAUCAACAUAUAUUAUUGUGUCUCAGAGGGAGAACGAAUUGGAUGCUUCCAGCAAGAAAGGAGCAGCAGAAUAUGAAACCGGAAGUGGUUCUCAUGAGAUUAUAAGGAAAAAGAUUCUCCUUUUGAAAGGGAAAGAGCAAGAGAUUUCUCAGGUGUCUGAAGGUACUACCCUACCCAAGGUUGUUACUACUGAAGCUUCGUCGCCUUCAGUUGGUUUGAAAUUGAAUCAGAGGCCUGAUGCUAGUGGAAGAAUUAUUAGGAGCAUAUUAUUAAACAAGGAACUUCGUCCAACUCAGUCAUCCUCAUUAGUCCUGGCAGAACAAAAAUUGCAGGGCUCAAAUACUGAGAGGAGCAAGCGCCCACCACGACCAUCCAAUAUGAAAUCAGGAAUGUCAGCCUCCAUUGGUGAACAGUCUCCUUCGGGUUUAGACUAUGAGGGAAAGAGGUCCGUGGAGGAUAAAUUUCUAGGAAGUGAAUCCCAUGGUUUUUCUUCUGGCCGUGAGAAGCAAGACAGACGCACAAGAAGUAGGGAGAGACUAGAUCGUGGUGUUUGGACUCCUCGUCGUUCUGAAUCAUCUAUUUCUGGCAACGAGAAUCAAAAUAAUAGUUCAGAUUCUUAUGAAGCCAAACGCGGAGAUUUGAAAUAUGAUGCAUCUGUCCGCAACAUAGAAGGCAUAAUCCCUGCAGGUGGUCGCACUAGCUCUUAUACAGAAAAUGGCUCCCAUAGGAAUUUUGCUCGCCGUGCUCCUACACAUAGCGCUAAGGAUGAUGGCCCUUCCAAACGUGGAGGGGGGGUUGGUCAUGGUCCCCACGAGAAGCAAGUGUGGGUCCAGAAGUCAGCCUCAGGUUCUUAAACAUGUCUUCGCAUGAGUUCUCUCCUGUCAAAAACUUUGGACGAUGGUGAAUGAGGUUUUGCUGGAAUAGAUUGUCAACUUUUGUGAAUACUAUCUGGCUAGCUGUGGACUGGAUGGCAUUUUGGAUGUCAGAGCAGUGUUUAUUAAUCACCGGAAGAGGGUAACUUUUUGAAGAGGGCUUCGGCUGUAUUGGAUAUUUGCACAGGAGGGGCUAAUUGCAGCAGCUCGAGCAUUCGUUCCUUGCGAUAGAAGAGAUGACCAAAAUCGAAUAUUAAUGUCGGUUGUUCUAGUUGGCGGCCUGGCCUCUCUUGCAGGUUGUUUCUGCUAGUGUGGAGAAACUCCAGAUAUGGUGUUCAACUGCUAUCGUGAAUUCGUGACGCCUGCUCGGAUUGUAUAGAGCAUGGGGUCUUGACGGGUAAAGAUUGACUGAUUAAUAUUAUACUGUAUAUAUUCUCUGGCAUCCCCAGCCCAGCCCAGCAUUAAGUAAGUUGUGCAGCAUAUGGUGUUUAUUUUUUUACUGUUGGCGACUUUAAACCUGUAUUUACUUACGCCUUUGGGUUGCUUAACUUUUCCACAUAGCUGCUAAAGUUGGUUUACUCACUGAUUUGUGGAUAUUGGAUGUUAGUAUAGUUAUGUUUGUUUUGACAAAGCAGCUAUAUAGUUGAAUGAAAUACAGGGUUUUCUUUUAUAAAAUAACAGGUUGCUAGUAUAA